CCAACCUUCUAAUGCGGAGAAGUCAAAUCCCUCGUCCUCGCCAUUGAGCCCUUGAAAGUAAGAAAGCCUCGUCUCCUCGAAGGCCUUUCGCUCGGCGCAGUUCUUACGCAGAAGUCGAAGAGGACCAUAACCCGAGUCUGCUGCACCGCUGCCCAGAGGCGAGAGACCCGCGGUCCACUCCCCAUUCGAUGGAUUUGGCGGGCUUGGAGACCAGACAACUCUGCCUCCUCCAACGCAUAGCGCGGUUCGAGUCGUCCUUGCUCCCCGAUGGCGCGCGUCCGCAACCUCCGACUCCAUCUCCGGCAGCUUCCACCCUCUCCGCGGCCACCAACACCAUCGAGUCCCAUCUCACUAACAUUCUCCUUUCCAAUGGCGUCACCGACUUCCGAUUCGGACGGGUUCCUGAAGAUUACUACGACAGGACCAUCGAAGAGAGGCGCGACAUUCUCGGCGCCCCGUCUAUCCACCACCUCUGCAAAUCCAUCGUUCUUGUCAAUACUCAAGCUCCAGCUAAUAUAACUGAUUGCAGUGAUCGCAGCAACUCAAAGUACUACGUUGUGGUUAUACAGUAUACUGCUCGAUUUAAUGCUGAGAGUGUGAAGAACUUCUUAUAUUCACUUAACAAUGGGAAGAUACCCAAAAAAAAGAUCAACAUGAGACUUGCUCCUGAGGAAGAGUCAGCAAAGUUGACAGGAUAUGAGCACAACGCAGUGACUCCUCUAGGAAUGAAAACGGAUAUUCCAGUGAUCCUUGAUGAGGCAAUUACGAAGCUUAAUCCUGACUUUUUCUGGUUGGGCGGAGGAGAAGUUGACCUUAAACUGGGGAUCAGGACCUCACAGUUUAUUCAAUUUAUAAAGCCAUUCAUUGUCUCCUGCACAUGAAAUGGGUCUGAAAAGGGGAGAAAGUGCUCUUCUCCAAGGCGGUUCACAGACAGUUUUCUGCAAUCUCUAGAGCUCGGGAAAUCAGGCGAAGGAUGUUUGCUUUUCUUACAGCACGUGGCUCGUUCAUCCUGCUGCAUUUUUUUUAAAUGAUCUUUUUAUGUCCUUAAGGAUGCAUUGAGGAAGACAUUCUUGAAAUGCUUGUCCGUUGAUAAAUUAAAACAAGUAAUUGUUGACGCCA